AAGCAGAUUAGCUUUCUGGUGCAUGGUUCAUUGAUUGGUGGAGCCAUAGAGAAUCACCAAUUACUUUUGAAUAUAACUGAACUUCGUAAGUGCUUGACUUGGAGUCCAAACCACGUUAGUUCAUCUAAUUCCUUACUGGCCAGAAACGAGAAACUUUUAUUUGUCAUGCACACGCUGGGUCAUACAUGCUGCGCAAUACGACAGACAGUUGCAUGUCAUUUUCGGUAUAUCUCGGCUUGAGUAGUAUGAUUUGUUUGGAUAAUUGGUUGUGAGGUGAUGACUUCAGCAUUAAUUAUUGUAUCUGAUGGAGUGUCGCGACCCAUGCAGAUGCCCUGGAGGCAUCAAUUGCGUUGAGAGCUGACUGUUUUGAUGCUGAGUGGUUGAGUUGCGCAUUCUGGGUGGUUGUUUCUAGAGGGAUAUAGUGAGCUGCAAGCUGUUAGACCUGCGAAUAAUUGCUUUAUUUGAUGGUGUGUCUAAACUUGAACGGAUACACUAUAGCUACUAAUCAUCUUGAGUGCUGAGUUUUUAUGGCAAAGUGGAAGUUUGUCACUACUCACUAGAUGUUCAGCCAAACAGCCACGUAUUUGCGGCUGUGCAGCCUCAUGCAGAGUUACAGAGAAGAUGAGAUAACAGUAAAUUCUGAGAUUUUGUAUGUGACUGUGUUUCCCACUGAUAUGCGUGGCAGAAGGUGAUGUCAUGUCCCCCUAACGGCAGAUUGUUGCUGUGCAUGGUUGUUAAGCUUCUGAUGGAACUGAAUCAAAGUGAUAGUGUUUCUUUCAAGUAGAGUAUGCUAGCUCUUAAAUCUUAGAUAGUACACUUACAUCUGAUCAGUAAUCUUGAUUUUUCUUUUGCAGUUCUCGCCCCUCCAACCCUUCAUGAUGCUUAGAUAAUAUACAGUGCUGGGUUUUAGCACUGUUUUGAGUUUUUAAAUUGAGCUAAGGCUUCAGUGUUAGUCUUGAAAGAUGAACGGUUCAAGUGGUUCCCAAGGGCAUCAUGUCAGUGGAGAGAAGAAGCAAGUGUGUCAUGUUAGCCGGCCCAUUCUUAACAAUGGACCAAAGCACCGUCCAUUGACCCCCAUGAGGCGAUGCCGUGGUGUAGCAUGUGUAGUGAUUAUACUGUCAACAGCAUUCCUGUUGGUAGUUUACUUGGCUCCUAUUACUACUUUUGCUGUGCGGCUGUUCAGUGUGCAUUACAGCCGAAAGGCGACUUCCUUUCUAUUUGGAAUGUGGUUAUCUUUAUGGCCGUUCUUGUUUGAGAAGAUAAACAAAACCAAGGUUGUCUUCUCCGGUGAAAAUGUGCCUCCAAAACGACGUGUAUUGUUAUUUGCUAACCACAGGACCGAGGUUGACUGGAUGUACUUGUGGGAUCUUGCACUGAGGAAAGGCCAUUUAGGAUAUAUCAAGUACAUACUUAAGAGCAGCUUGAUGAAGUUGCCUAUUUUUAGCUGGGCAUUUCACAUUUUUGAGUUUAUCCCGGUAGAACGGAAAUGGGAGAUUGAUGAAGCAAUUAUUCAGAACAAGCUAUCAAAAUUUAAGAACCCGAGAGAUCCUAUCUGGUUGGCGGUUUUUCCUGAAGGCACGGAUUAUACUGAGAAGAAAUGCAUCAUGAGUCAAGAGUAUGCUUCAGAACAUGGCUUGCCUAUGCUAGAACAUGUCCUCCUUCCAAAGACAAAGGGCUUCAUUUGUUGUUUGCAAGAGCUGAGGAGUUCCUUAGAUGCAGUUUAUGAUGUCACAAUAGCAUACAAGCAUCGACUCCCAGAUUUUCUGGACAAUGUGUAUGGCGUUGAUCCUUCUGAAGUCCACAUCCACGUCAGAAUGGUUCAGCUCCAUCACAUCCCCACAACAGAAGACAAGAUAACAGAAUGGAUGGUAGAGAGGUUUAGGCAGAAGGACCAGCUCCUGGCAGAUUUCUUCAUGAAGGGGCACUUUCCUGAUGAAGGAACUGAAGGAGAUCUGUCGACGCCGAAGUGCCUGGCAAACUUCUUAACAGUAGUAUGCUUGACGGCCAUCUGUUUGUACCUAACUCUUUUCUCAUUUGUGUGGUUCAAGGUCUAUGUUGUAGCAAGCUGCGCUUACCUCUCAUUUGUUACCUAUUACUCCAUACUACCACCCCAACUGAUAGGUUCACCAGAGGGUGAUGUCAAGGCCAAAAAGGUUGUGUAGAUGUUGAUGUAACUUGCCAUGAAAACUGUACAUCCGCAAACGAUUUUUACUGCUGGAGUUUCUGCCUUGUGACAUUUAAGGUUCCCUUUCUGCAGUAGGAGGUAUGAAUGUAUGAUAGUGCGUAUGUAGGAAUUUUCUGUGAUU